UCAACUUACAGAACUGGCUUCUUAGGCUUCGGGAGUGUUUCCCAUUUAAACAAACAGUGCCGAAGAUGGCGGAGAAUUAAUGGUGUAAAGAAGAAAUUAUCGAUCCGGGAAGAGAGAUACUUCUACCAGGUGCUGAUAUGUGUGCACGAUGAGCGGACUGGGGGAGAACUCCAUGGAGCCGCUGAGCUCAGAGAACCGGAAACGAAAGCUCUCGACGUGUGAUACGCCCGGUUUGGGGUGUGACAGGAAGCGUCGGGAGCAGGAGAGUAAAUACAUCGAGGAGUUGGCCGAGCUGAUCUCCGCCAACCUGAGCGACAUCGACAGCUUCAACGUCAAACCAGACAAGUGUGCCAUCCUCAAAGAGACGGUCCGACAGAUCCGCCAGAUCAAAGAGCAGGGAAAAACCUCGUCCGCUGACGAUGACGUUCAGAAGUCGGACGUGUCCUCAACAGGGCAGGGGGUUAUUGACAAGGACCACUUGGGGCCACUCCUGCUGCAGGCUCUGGACGGCUUCCUGUUCGUCGUGAACCGCGAGGGUAGCAUCGUGUUUGUGUCGGACAACGUGACGCAGUACCUGCAGUACAAGCAGGAGGAGCUCAUCAACACCAGCGUGUACAACAUUCUCCACGAGGACGACAGGGAGGAGUUUCACAAGAACCUGCCGACGACCACCAUAAAUGGCGUGUCGUGGGGGGGCGAGGCGGCCCGACAGAAGAGCCACACCUUCACCUGCCGGAUGCUGGUGAAAUUUGGACAUGUCCACGGCCCCAUAGAGGAGGGGGGAGCGGGGGGGCCGCGCUAUGAGACCAUGCAGUGUUUUGCUCUCUCUCAGCCCAAGGCCAUGAUAGAGGAGGGGGAAGACCUGCAGUCAUGUAUGAUCUGUGUGGCCCGUCGAGUGACGGCUGUGGAGAGGACGGAGAGUUUCAACACCCGCCACGAGCUGUCAGGUAAACUGAUCCAGAUCGACCCGAACUCUCUGCGUGCGUCGAUGCGUCCUGGCUGGGAGGAUUUAUUGAGGCGCUGCAUUCGAAUGUUCCUGCAGCACAGUGACGGGCAGCCGUGGUCACACAAACGCCACUACCACGACGCCUUCCUGCAGGGCCACGCUGAGACCCCCCUGUACCGCUUCUCCCUCUCCGACGGCACUCCAGUCACAGCCCAGACCAAGAGCAAACUCUACCGUCACCCCAUGAGCAACGAGCCGCAGGGCUUCAUCUCCACUCAUCUGCUGCAGAGAGAACCCAACGGCUACCGUUCGACGCAGGCUGGAAACAUGAUCUCAAACCCAAUGAGACAACCAGGUGUGGGGGGGCCCAACCCUAACACCCAGAUGAACAUGAACUCCGGUGGGGGCGUCGGCAUGGGGGGCAUGAACAGAGGAUUUGGCGCAAACGAGCAGGGUCACAUGGGUCACAUGGGACCCAUGGGGGGCAACUCUAUGUACGGAGGGAGCGGCGGAGGCGGAGCCAUGGGGAACCGCAUGAUGCCGAUGAACCAAAUGGGCCAGAUGAAUCAGGUGGGCCACAUGGGUCAGAUGGGUCCCAUGGGUCACCCCGGUCAGGGCAUGCAGCAGCACCCGCAGCAGCCGCCCUUUCAGAGCAGCGGUGGGUUUGGGCUCAGUGGCAUGAACAGCCCGUCGGGGAGUCCACGGAUGGGCGGGCCCCAACAGGGUCUGCUGAUGUCACCGCGCAACCGAGGGAGCCCCAAAAUGGGGGCCAACCAGUUCUCGCCCGGAGGUUUGAACUCACCUAUGAGCGGCAUCGGCAGCAGUGGGGGAGGUGGGGGAGGGAGCUCCACCACCACCUUUUCCAGCAGUUCCCUAAACGCCCUGCAGGCCAUCAGUGAGGGCGUCGGUAGCUCCCUGUCCUCCACCCUCAUGUCGCCCUCCGCCCCCAACAAACCCGACAGCUCCCCCAGCAUCAACUCCUCCUCCUCCUCCUCCCAGCCCAGCCAACCUGCCAAACCAGGUGCAGAGGGCUCCCAGAGUCCAGCAGGGGGCUUAGGCCCCAGAGCUGCUGACCAGCACCACCCACUGCACCAUCACCACCAUCAUCAGCACCCUCAGGCGGAGAGUUCAGGGGAGUGCCCCGACAGCCAGGCAGCUGCUGGACCUAAAGAGUCCGGGGAGGGAAACGGUGAGGCGACCAGCGAGCCCCCCCGGAGAGUGCCCGACAGUAAGGGCCAUAAGAAGUUGCUGCAGUUGCUGACCUCGCCAACGGAGGAGCUGGGGAUCGGUGGUAGCGGGCCAACGGGACCCCCGGUUCCCUCAACACCGACCAGCAGCGGUACCACCACCCUACCAGAGAGCAAGGACCCCAGCGGGGGCAUGACUAGUCCCUCGUCCACGGGGGUGUCCUCCUCGUCCUCAGGACAGAACACUGGGUCGGGGGGGGCCUCGGCGUCGAUGUCAGCAGCCCACUAUACGGGGUCGCUGCAGGAAAAGCACAAGAUCCUUCACAAGCUCCUACGAAACGGCAACACUCCGGAUGAAGUCGCCCAAAUCACAGCCGAGGCAACUGGGAAGGCGUCGAUGGGGAACCAGGAGGGCGGCGAGGGCGGAACAGGAGCGCCGGGGACCGGGUCUGGGCCUGGGAUGGUGACGGAGCCCAAACAGGAGCAGCACAGUCCCAAGAAGGAGAAGACCCACGCCCUCCUCCAUUACCUGCUCAACAAAGACGACUCCAAAGAACCACUGGAUGUGAAGCCCAAACUGGAAGACCUAGAAGGAAAGGGAGUCUCCGGUUCCUCAGGAGAACCUCCUAGAAACGGCCCCGGCUCAGGGCCCGGUCCUGGUCCUGCACCGGAGCAUCCUGAGAGCAAGAUCAAGUCUGAACCUCCUGAUGAUUUACACAACCUGGAGUCCAUCCUGGGAGACCUGAGGAGUUCUGGAUCGGACUUUUACCCUGAUCAGACCGACGGAGGGGCACACAACGACGCAGGGAGCAAACUCCAGGGUUGCCUUGACGACGGCCUGCAGCGGAGUGACGGAAUGGGCCCCGGCCCCGGCCCCGGCCCCCGGGGGCAGUUCCAGAGGACCAUGUCCAUGGAUGGGAAACCUCUUGGUGGUCCUGGAGGACCUGGUAGACACGCCAUGAUGGUCAAGCAGGAGAUGAUGGGCAGCCCGGACAGCUACCCCGGAAACAUGGGACCCAUGAACCGGGCCAUGGUGGCUCAGCGCUCCCCCAUGGGGGGCUCUGGUGAGUGGGGGAUGCCCCGCUCCAGUGCCAGUCCUUUGGGCUCAGCAGGACACCCGUCCAUGAUGCGUCCAAACAUGGAGUACAACAACGGGAAGGGCAUGAUGUCGGGGCCGAUGGUCGGCCGCUCCAACAGCGUCCCCGGCAGCAGGUCAAUGCUGCAGCAGCAGCUCAUGGACAUGGGAGGUUCUGCAGACAUGGGGAUGGGCCCCUUCGGUCAGCAGGGUCAGCCCGGUCAGUCCCCCAACUGGCCUGACACCGUGAUGGGCAUGGACGCCAACAGGCGACAGUUUGGCAGCACCUUGGACGAUCUUCUGGUUCCUCCGACGACCAGCGAGGGUCAGAGCGACGAGCGAGCGCUCCUGGACCAGCUGGACUCUUUACUGAACAACACAGAUGGCACCGCGCUGGAGGAAAUAGACCGAGCCCUGGGCAUUCCAGACCUCGUCAGCCAGAACCAGGGCUCGGAGCAGCAGCUGGAGUCCUUCCCGGGACAGGACCCUUCCAUGAUGCUGGACCAGAAGCCUCACUACGGACAGGGUUACCCCGGCCCCCCCGCCAUGCCCAUGCAGCCCGGGUACGGAGGGAGCUCGAUGCAGGGCCAGGCCCAGCAGGGGGGCUUCGGGCCCAUGCUCUCUCAGAUGGGUCAGGGCGGCAGUUUCCCUGGUAUGGGGGGAGGAAUGGGGGCCAUGGGUCACCCACGGGCCAACAUGAUGAGACCCAGGAUGAUGAGCGCCAACAAACCCAUGAGGCUGCAGCUGCAGCAGAGGCUGCAGGGAACACAGUUCAUGAACCAGACGCGGCAGGGCAUGGCCAUGAAGAUGGAGAACCCAGGAGGGAACCCCGCCAUGAGGCCUGGAAUGCAGCCUGGAAUGGGAGGACAGCCCGGCUUCCUCAACGCUCAGAUGAUGGCGCAGCGCAGUCGGGAGAUGGUCAACCUGCAGAUGAGGAGGCAGCGUAUGAUGAUGCUGAUGCAGCAGCAGCAUCAGCAGCAGGUAGCUGCAGCAGCUGCAGGAAGCUUCAGCCCUCCCCCCAACGUCACCGCUCCUGGGGGCAUGGACACCCCCAUGGGAGGGCCAAACAUGGGCCAGCCCGGCCCCCAGCAGUUUGGCUACGGUGGGAACUAUGGUGGGUUCACGCAUACAUGUGCUGUUUGUUUGGAGCACUGCUGCCCUCUGCUGGUGUGUGUCAGUGCUGCAGGUUUAGUGUCAUUUUUAAAAUGUGUUUAUUUUCUUUUUCCUCCUCCUCCUCGUAGCUCGUACCCUCAGCAGCAGUUUGGGCAGCAGGGGGCCCCGGGGCAACAGCAGUUUGGGCAGCAGGGGAACCCGGGGCAGUACGGAGCCAUGAUGAUGAACGGGGGCAUGGCAGCCAGUGGAGGAGGAGGACACAUGGGGCAGAUGGGAGGACAGAUGGGUGUGAACCCGAUGGUGAUGGGACGCCUGCCAAUGGGACCUGAUCAGAAAUACUGCUAAAGACCAGAGGAGUUAAUUUCACUGUGAUCUCCAUCAGAGACAGAGUUGCACUUUAAGGACAGGCCACCGUCCCAGGAUUGUGUCGACACUGAGGCCUUUACUGGAGAACGCGGCGGACGUUGAAGGGUUAAGUUUUUUCGUCUUUCUCUUUUUCCACUCGAAACGGAGGCUGUGAGUCGGGAAUGAGUAACAUUGACCAAAGGAGGGCGCCGUUCAAGCACACAGGUGUCGCUCUCUCGUCCGCAGAGAAAUUAUUUAUUACACAAAGAGGAUUUCAUAGUUUUAUGAUCGUUGAGGGGAAAAGAGGAAAAAUUUGCUCCUGGAAAAGUUGGGAAUUUCACGUCACGGUCGGCGCUCCGUUUAUAUUUCUACAGAUGGACCAGAGGUUUUUUUUGUCAAACCGCGGGUGAUUUUUAAAUUUGAAUAUUGCAAAUAUUUUGGUCUCUGGUUUUAGAGUGUAAUGAUAAAUUAAAGUGACACUCACGGAUAAAAAAGGGAAAUCUGCCGGGAGAACGGACCGGCGGGUUUCCAGCAAUAAUCCUUCAUCCUGGUUUUCCUCUGAGGACAAAGUUGUACUCAAAGUGACGGUACUGCAGUAUUAGACACGAUGUCUUGUUUGGAGACGUAUUUCUUGGUUUUUUGUUUUUUGUUUUUUUUCCUCCUUUGUCUGUGAAUAUGAAUUGUAAAUCUGAUUCAAAUGUACUAUAAAAUACAUAUAAUAAAAUAUAUAUAUAUAUAAAUAUA